AGUUUAUCAUGGAAGUGAAUAAUUGGUUUUCUGUUUACAUUAAUUAAUUUCACGCGAAAUGUAAUUGGAUGUAAAUAAUAGUUUCUAAUUAAUUUGAGAAAAUUAUUUUGGACAGAACUUGUGUUUUUAAAAUUAACGAAACAAAAAUAACAAUGAUGUUCAAUAAAUGUAAAUCCUACAAAAUGGCAAUAAUACUGGCAUUAAUGGAAUUAAUUUGUGUAUCAAACGGACAAAUAUCAAGAACAGUAAACGACAACAAUACAGUUAACACAAAAAACCGCACCCACAGUGUCCUAAAUUUUUCGACAAGAAGAAAACGGCUGGUGAGAUAUCCACCUGGGAAUUAUGUAUUCGACAAUAACCCACCAGGAGUUAGUGCAAGGAUUGGUUAUCCAAUAGCGAGAUUUUCUCCAGUACUACCGUUUCAACCAGCGCCAUCGAGCUGGCGCCAGGCAAAAUCAUCAUUUUGGCGAUCGCCCAUUGAAAACUUUCCACCGAGACCUGUUUUAGCCCAUAGAACACCCAGGUUAAUAUUCCGUGAUGACUUUCCAACGUUUCCUGCCAGCGGAGCCGGAUCAUCUUUUUUUCAAACUAAUCAGCUGUCUCCUGAAACUGAUGACGAAUUCCGAGAUCAGCGGAAACAAAUUUUUACAGAUUAUCCCAAACUUGAAACUGAGAAAUCGCGGACCGAAAAAAAACCAACAUGGGAAGGUGACGAAAGUUUGUGCUCGGACGGACGAAGCUGCGAAUUUUUUCUUAAGUGUUGGAUGACAUCUGGGCUACUGGAUGGCAGUUGUGGUGGUAUUAUGUACGCUUGUUGUCAACGUAAAGACGCUAAAGCUAUUGCCGGUGAUUAUAAUCUUAUUGAAACGCCUAGAGAGCAAUUAUUACAUCCCCAGCUUGCUAAGCCGGACAGUACGAACUUCGACCAUGUCAGUGACAAUCAUCAAUGCGGGAUUUCAUCAAGCAAACAAACAGCUCAAAGACGAAUCGUUGGAGGUGAUGACGCAGGAUUCGGGAGUUUUCCUUGGCAGGCUUACAUACGGAUCGGGUCAAGUAGAUGUGGAGGGACGUUAGUUAACCGUUACCACGUUGUCACAGCCGGUCAUUGUGUUGCUAAGGCGUCUGCAAGGCAAGUACAAGUCACUUUGGGUGACUACGUGGUCAAUUCAGCAACUGAAAAUUUACCAGCUUAUACUUUCGGAGUUAGAGAAAUUCGAGUGCACCCUUAUUUCAAAUUCACGCCCCAGGCUGACCGAUUUGAUGUAGCUGUUUUGAGAUUGGAUCGUCCGGUUCAUUACAUGCCGCAUAUUUCUCCAAUUUGUUUACCGGAAAAAAAUGAAGAUUUUCUGGGGCAAUAUGGAUGGGCCGCUGGAUGGGGCGCUUUGCAAGCUGGAUCGAGAUUAAGACCCAAGACUUUGCAGUCUGUAGACGUUCCAGUCAUCGAUAACAGAGUCUGCGAGCGAUGGCAUCGUUCCAAUGGUAUUAAUGUUGUCAUUUACGAUGAAAUGAUGUGUGCAGGAUACCGUGGAGGAGGGAAAGAUUCAUGUCAGGGUGACAGUGGAGGUCCUUUGAUGCUUGAAAAAACCGGCAGAUGGUAUCUUAUCGGCAUAGUUUCCGCUGGUUACUCAUGCGCUCAAUCAGGACAGCCGGGUAUAUACCAUCGUGUUGCUAAGACAGUCGAUUGGAUAACUUAUGUCAUUAAUUCGUAAUUUCUAUUAAAAACUUGGUUU